CAUUAGUUAUCUCAGUAGCUGUUGGACUGUUGGACAUUAAGAACGAGUUCAAUUGGAGUCUGUAACUUAUAUAAACGUCCCCGGCCAUCGAAAUGCACCUCUGGCUUUCUCUCCCUGUUCUAAGACCAAUAUUUUACCUCUCAACAAUUGAUUUGCUCUCCACCCCCCUUUCCUAUUUAAACUGAAUCCAUUAUGCUGUGCAGAGUCAUCAGUUGUGAACUAUAUACUCAUAUUCGUCUUUACUCUCACCGUCCUCCAGCACAGCAUACAUGCAAAUACUCACUCGUGUUAAAUGUCUUAAGAACAUCCAAACCUGUGAAAACAUAUCUUCCACAAGUGCUCACAGCACACUGCAUAUGUAUGAUAUGUGGAGUAAUUUACAGAGAAAUUGACCUCUAAGGUGUGCUGCACACCUUCACAGCACAGAAACAAUGCACUUCAACUUUACUAUUCUUAACUACAAUGUCAUAAACAAAGCUGUUUUUACAGUAACAUUGGUCACAUUGUUUUCCAGCUCUGAAUGAAUACGUCGGAGUUAUUGAUCGUAUAUCACCGAACGACCCAGUAGACACGGGCAGCGCCACACAGGGCAGGGCAGGCUCCUUCACUCUAAGUGCUGUUCAUAUCUCAACCAUCAGUGGAUGUGGAUCAAUGCUUGGUUUUACAGCUUUGCAUCCUUGAAAUGACUGAGCAAAUAAAGACAGCUUAGACUGUCAAUCAGAGACUAUUAGUAAAGAAAUUCCCUCAAUAACAUCCCUCCACCCUCCCUCACCAACAUCAAACUGACACGCACACACACACUUCAGGACCAGAGUGAGAGGAGAUGCAGAGAGUAGGGGUGGAGCCCCUGAGUUGAUGGAGUUAUGGGAGAGAUCCUAAAAUGAACUGGCCGGGACGUGAAAUGCAGCGAUGAAUGGUUUACGACUGGAGAUAGCUUUGGAUCAUUUAGGAGGGUAAAGAUUCAUUUCUAUACAAGAGCGCACGAUGGACUUUUCCUUAAAGGAGGAUGCUCUGCAGUCAGUCUGCUAGCGUUUUUCCUAACCAGUCAGUGGUUUGAGUCAAGGGGUUUCAUUUAAGAGAAUAUAACUGCUGAUGCCUGUAAAACAAACUGAUAAAAAGGAGUCAAUCAUCUCAAGCUGAAGGCCAGAGAUGAUUGGCUGCAAACUGCUCUGUCAGAUUCGUCAGUUUAGUUGCACUUCAGAGAAGCGUUCAUUAAAGUAACAUUUUUUUGAAAAGGGACUUUUGCAGAGGUGAUAUCUAAUGCAAGGCAACAAUGGGAUUGGAAGGCAUGGAAGCUAUUGCUUUUGCUGUUGUUAUUGGACUGUUUAUUGUCGUGCUCAAACAGUUUGGACUUUGGGAGCCUUUGUCACUGGAAGAUGACAGCACUGACAGUGAUCUUGAACUAUCCAUGGUGCGCCACCAACCUGAAGGCCUCGAACAGCUCCAGGCCCAGACCCAGUUCACCAGGAAGGAGCUUCAGUCCCUUUACAGAGGUUUCAAAAAUGAAUGUCCCAGUGGGCUAGUGGAUGAAGAAACUUUCAAGAUCAUUUACUCACAGUUCUUCCCUCAAGGAGAUGCAACCACAUAUGCACAUUUCUUGUUCAACGCAUUUGACAUGGACAGAAAUGGUUCCAUCCGUUUUGAGGACUUUGUGUUGGGAUUGUCUGUGUUGCUUAGAGGCUCAGUUACAGAGAAACUUCGAUGGGCGUUUAAUCUAUAUGACAUCAACAAGGACGGCUACAUUACUAAAGAGGAAAUGUUGGCAAUAAUGACGUCAAUUUAUGACAUGAUGGGCAGGUAUACUUUACCGAGUGUACGAGAAGAGUCCCCCUUUGAACAUGUGGAGAAAUUCUUCCAGAAAAUGGAUCGGAACAGAGAUGGAGUGGUGACUAUUGAUGAAUUCAUAGAAACCUGCCAGAAGGAUGAAAGUAUAAUGUCCUCCAUGCAGCUCUUUGAAAAUGUCAUCUAGUUUCUGUAGAAGUGGAUCGGUAAUGCUGCAUAAUGCUUCCAGCUGCAAGCUUCUCGGCCUGAAAUAACUUUAAUCAAAAUACAUUCAUUCUGAAAGUGAAAAACUGGGUCAUGCAACACAUUUGACACAUUAAUACAAACAGACAAACACUAUUAUUUUUCCGGUAAAACUGGUCUAUGCAGAGAAAUGCGCAGCAUUCACCAAAUCACUCGAAGAAAAAAAUGUUUCUUUGCAUGACAGUUUUAUUUUUUCACAUGAGGGAAAUGUGGGAAAAAAUGUGGGAAAAUAAACUCUGUCAGAUGAGCAUGGAUGUUUGCCCAACAUUUAAAAGCAUGUGAUGCAAACCACAUUGAACACAAACAAGGGGGGAUUAUUAUUGACCACUUUGAAACCUUGGACAUAAGUGGGAUGAUACUUUGUUACUGUAUUAUACUGUAUAGAAAUAAUUAUGUUUCUAAGUUCUUCAGAUUUUUGUGUAAAUGUGAUACGCUGUCAUUGUCAUGUCGACCCGAAACCUGCUAAAAUAAAAAUCUACCUUCACCUCCUGA